AUGCGUAUGUAUGGGUGCCAUUUUGACGCAGAAGAACUCUGCCUUAUUAUUUUUAUGGAGUUGCUGAGCAACAGAGGUAUUGGAAUCAUAGUAAGAAGAAUGAAUGAAUCCCUUCCAGAAAGUAUAACCAAAAGUUAUGCAAACCAACUGGUUUCUGCAGUUUCUUACGUUCGCUCACGUAGUGUUGUUCACCGUGAUAUAAAGUGUGGCAAUCUCCUCGUGACACAGAAAGACACUGUCAAACUUUCCGACUUCAGCUUUUCGAAGAAAAUGAGUCCGAAUCGGGGGACAAAUACAAUUACAUGGAUUCCAGUCUUUUUGUCCCCAGAGGUUCUAUCGGGAGAUUGA